AAAAAAGACGAAGGAGGGUAGAGCGCGAGAGGUUCACCGACAAGUUUUUCCUUCUUCGUUCAGUUGUCGGUAAAAGUCUUAAUGUGCUAUUCUUUGCGUGUUAAGAACUGGAAUUUAUGUUAGCUAAAUUUAAUUUGAUAAGGCGCGAGUUAAUGUUUUAGAAAUAGACCAAUAUUGAUUCAGAUAUCAAAAAUAUACCUUCGCAUCUUCUUUAACCGUUGGCUUCUUGGCUAAAGGUCUAGCUAAGUGUGCGCAUGUGCGUUGCGUCGCUGCAGUGAAUUAUCUUGACGCUUGACAGGACAAGUUAAAAUUUGGGGUUGUGUAAAAGUUUAAAUAGUGCCCAGAGGACGGGGACGCAGAUUAGUCCAACUGAGACAAAGGAGGGUUUUAUCUGGGUUGGACUUUUUGUGUUUGUCUGGCGCGUCGGUUUUAGUGUUUGGAGGUAAGCUAGCUGUGUGUAAAGAUGAGGCUGAGCGCUGUGCUCCUGUGUGUUUUCCUGAUUUGGGUUGAGGGUUCUUGGGGUGACACACCGGCCAACUGCACUUAUGAGGACCUGCUGGGAACAUGGGUGUUCCAGUUGUCCAAAGGAGGACAGGACAAAACCGUGAACUGCUCCGCUGAAGCCACAGAUGUGAGCACAGUGACUGUGACCCUGGAGAAACUGUCUGUAGCCACAGAUGGGCUGGGAAACACAGGCUUCUUCACCCUCAUCUACAAUCAGGGCUUUGAAGUUGUCAUCAAUGACUACAAAUGGUUUGCCUUCUUCAAGUACACUCAGGAGGGCUCUAAGGUGACCAGCUACUGCGACCAGACCCUCCCAGGGUGGGUCCACGAUGUUCUGGGACGCAACUGGGCCUGUUUUGUAGGGAAGAAGGUGAACCCAGUGACCCCACGCACAGAUUUCAAACCGCUCCUUAACAGCAAGCUGCUCCAGGAGCCAUACAAACACAGCCUGGACUUCAUCAAUGCCAUCAACACUGUUCAGAGAUCAUGGAAGGCUGUGCACUAUCAGGAGAAUGAGAUGUACACUUUACAGGAGCUGCACUACAGAGCAGGAGGCCCUGCCUCGCGUAUCCCAGUGCGUGUUCGCCCUGCGCCUGUGAAAGCUGAUGUAGCCAAGAUGGCGGCAGGUCUGCCAGAGCAUUGGGACUGGAGAAAUGUUAAUGGGGUUAACUUUGUUAGCCCCGUGAGAAACCAAGCAUCUUGUGGCAGCUGCUACUCCUUCGCCUCCAUGGGAAUGCUGGAAGCUCGUGUUCGAAUCCUCACCAACAACAGCGAUGCCCCCAUCCUCAGCCCUCAACAAGUGGUCUCCUGCUCUGAAUACUCUCAAGGCUGUGACGGUGGGUUCCCAUACCUGAUUGGGAAGUAUAUACAGGAUUUUGGCAUCGUGGAUGAGUCAUGCUUUCCAUAUAUUGCGAAGAACUCUCCAUGUGGUGUUCCAAAGAACUGCGGCCGCAUGUACACGGCAGAAUACAGCUAUGUUGGUGGAUUUUAUGGAGGCUGUAGUGAGACGGCCAUGAUGCUGGAGCUAGUCAAGAAUGGACCAAUGGCAGUGGCUUUUGAGGUCUACCCUGACUUCAUGCACUACAAGGAGGGCAUCUACCACCACACGGGCCUUGCAGACCCCUUCAACCCAUUCGAGCUGACCAACCACGCUGUGCUGUUAGUGGGCUAUGGCCGCUGCCACAAGACUGGACAGAAGUACUGGAUUGUGAAGAACAGCUGGGGUACCACCUGGGGCGAGGACGGCUUCUUCCGAAUCCGCCGGGGAAGUGAUGAGUGUGCUAUCGAGAGCAUCGCAGUCGCGGCCAAACCUAUCCCCAAAGUGUAGAAGCUGGCAACUCAGAACAGGAGUAGGCUUUGAUGAUGAGUCUUGAUGGUGCACAUUAGAUAUUCCUAAGUAGCUUGUCUGUUUUUGACCCGAAGCUAAAAUCUGUAACUUUUCCUUAAUCCUACAAGUGGAGUCAGAAAACCUUGAAAAUUGUACAUUGAGAUGAAAAGUUAUGGAUUUCUACUUUAACAUCAAUGUUGACUGUGAAAGAGAUUUAAAAGGGAAAUCAACACAAAAUCUGAAUCAAAAUAUCUCAAUCAAAUUGAGUAUGAACAAAGAUGAAAGAUUAAGAUAAAAUAUCACAUUUCCUUCAUUUUAAUCAGAUUCUUCAGUUGUCUCUAGUUUAUUUUCCUGAUUGCUGUUGAUUAGUAAACUGUCCUGCACAAAGUGGCGACAUAGGGAUGUAAAAGUAUUCUCUGCAACUUAUUCUCACACCCCAUUUUGUACAAAAAUAUUUUUUAAUUGAAGGGAAACACUUAACAGUUGACCUCAUCAUGUCAUCUGCUCAUGUUUCACUUUUUUAUAUUGCUGUCUAGCUGCCCUAUUCAGGCUAGGACUGCCAGAACAAACUUGAAAUCGAAAUGGAUUGGCACACACUGUAAUAGUAACAUUUAAAGGGAAUUGAGAAUUUGGUGUUUGACAGGUGCAUGGCAUUUAAUCUUUGUCUCAGGGAAACACGGUGGGGAAUCGGUAUAUCUUCCGUUCUGUCUGCUGAAACUGACAUGUUUCUCUGUGGGGCUCUGUCUGAUUUCUGAAUCGAUUAAUAAAGCAACUGAUUGUGGA